GAAAUGAAGUUCAGUCUCCGAGGCUGCUGCUGUGCCGAUGAGCAUUGGAGUGUCAGGAAGGCCGAGGAGGAGCUCCUAGAAUAGACGGGUCUGGAGACCCACCGCCAGGGCGGUAACAAGCCUUGUAUUCUGAUUUCCUUCCUGGAAGUGAAGAGAGUUUGAGAGGCAGGAGGCAAAGACCUUUCAGAGCAGAGUUCAAGUUUUUCUUGCACGGGCUCGCCGCCGGGUGAUGGGGAUGUCUGAGAGAUGAAUCCCCGUCCAGCUGGUGACUUGGUCCACGUUUGCUCUUCAGCAAAGACACUUGGGCUUGGAAGGGCUCUGUGAUCCUCUGGCUUUAUUUAGAAUGGGCAAUGCUAUUGAAAAACAGAAGCCCCUGAGACGAAGCCACCUGUGUCCCUGGAAGCAAGACUCUCAGCGUUCUCAUCUCUCCUCCUUCACCAUGAAGCUGAAGGACAAAUUCCACUCGCCCAAAAUCAAGAGAACGCCAUCAAAGAAGGGAAAACCAGCCGAGGUGUCUGUGAAGAUUCCAGAGAAGCCCAUGAACAAAGAGGCAACAGACAGAUUUCUACCAGAGGGCUACCCUAUCCCCUUGGAUCUGGAGCAGCAGGCAGUAGAGUUUAUGUCCACCAGUGCUGUGGCUUCCAGGUCUCAAAGGCAGAAGAACCUGAGCUGGCUGGAGGAGAAAGAGAAGGAAGUUGUCAGUGCCUUGCGCUACUUUAAGACCAUUGUGGACAAAAUGGCCAUUGAUAAGAAGGUCCUGGAGAUGCUCCCGGGGUCUGCCAGCAAGGUGCUGGAGGCCAUCUUACCCCUGGUGCAGAGCGACCCUCGGAUUCAGCACAGCUCAGCCCUCUCCUCCUGCUACAGCCGAGUGUACCAAAGUCUCGCCAACCUCAUCCGUUGGUCUGACCAAGUGAUGCUGGAAGGCGUGAACUCAGAAGAUAAAGAGAUGGUGACAACUGUGAAGGGGGUCAUCAAGGCCGUGCUGGACGGAGUAAAGGAGCUGGUCAGACUAACCAUCGAGAAGCAGGGGCAUCCGUCUCCAACAAGCCCCGUGAAACCCAGCUCCCCAGCCUGCAAACCUGACAGCCAGUCUGAGCUCCCCCUGACGGAUCGAGAGAUGGAGAUUCUAAACAAGACGACCGGCCUAUCACAGUCGACCGAGGGGCUCCCAGACUCUAUGGACGAAGAGGUUGCACCCCCCAAGCCCCCCUUACCUGGUAUUAGGGUGGUUGAUAACAGUCCUCCACCAGCACUGCCCCCGAAGAAGAGACAGUCGGCUCCAUCCCCCACCCGCGUGGCCGUUGUGGCCCCCAUGAGUCGAGCCACCAGCGGCUCCAGUUUGCCUGUUGGAAUUAAUAGGCAGGACUUUGACGUGGACUGUUACGCACAGAGACGGCUGUCGGGAGGCAGCCACUCGUACAGCGGUGAGUCUCCCCACCUGUCGCCCUGCAGCAGCAUCGGCAAGCUCAGCAAGUCGGAUGAGCAGCUGUCCUCUCUGGACAGGGACAGCGGGCAGUGCUCCCGGAACACAAGCUGUGAAACGCUAGAUCAUUACGAUCCUGACUACGAGUUCCUUCAGCAAGACCUCUCCAAUGCAGACCAGAUACCUCAGCAAGUGGCCUGUAACCUCAGCCCGCUGCCGGAGUCCUUGGGGGAGUCUGGGUCUCCAUUUCUUGGCCAUCCUCUCCAGCUGCCUCUGGGCAGUUGUCCCCAGCCAGAUGGGUCCUCAGCCCCCGGGCAGCAGACGGACGUGCCGCCGGCCCUGCCUGAGAAGAAGCGCAGGAGUGCGGCCUCCCAGACCUUGGACAGCUCUGGCUGCAGGGCAUCCUACGAGCGACACCCCUCGCAGUACGACAACAUCUCCGAGGACGACUUGCAGAACCCAGCCUCCGUCCAGUCCGUCCCCUUCACGCCCUUUGCUGCUAUUCUUCCCUUUCAGCAAGGAGGUUCCUCAGCCUCUGUCGACUUUAUGGGUGAUUUCACUGUUGCUGAAUCAACGGGUGACCCAGAAAAACCGCCGCCUCUCCCCGAGAAGAAAAACAAACACAUGCUGGCCUACAUGCAGCUGCUUGAGGACUACUCAGAGCCACAGCCCUCCAUGUUCUACCAGACGCCACAGAAGGAGCACGUGUAUCAGCAGAAGAAUAAGCUGCUCAUGGAGGUGUACGGCUUCAACGACUCCUUCAGCGCUGGCGACGCCCCGAACGAGCUCGCCCCGCCCCCCGCCCUGCCCCCCAAGCAGCGGCAGCUGCAGGCCUCCUAUGCUGCUUCUUCCUUCUCCUCUGUCUCCUACUGUGUCCAGCAAACUAAAGUGGCCUUCACCCCCGAGGACGGCAGUGCCGGUCAGGGCAUCAGUGUGUCCGUCUCUAACUCCUUUCUCAGCCGGCACGGCAGCUUACCUGUGCCCUCGGUGAGUUGCUCCCUGCACUCGCUACCGGGAACCUGGGGAGUGAGACCUUUCCCUCGUGGCCGAUGCCUCCCGACAUGCGUGCUGCUGCCCGUCGCCAGCUCCGGCCCUCCACAGACCCCAGACAGGAAAGGUGGCCUGAAGUACAAGUCUGUGUUUAGGUCCUACUCGCAGGAUUUCGUGCCUCACAGCCAAGCUUCCGUCCAGCCUUUCCUUCCGUCUACCUCCUCUUCCUCUCCACACUUCCCACCUGUCCACCAGUCUCAGAGCUCUGAUUUAGCCGUGCCACCCGUGGCCAGUCUGCCUCCCAGCACCCUGGACGGGCUUCUCUCGUCUUCUCAGGAGAGCAGCUUUCACGGGAACACUGUCUGCCUUCCUUCCGAAACCUCUUUCACUGACUCGCCCCAGACGCCUUCGAGCGAGCACGCCUAUGAGGGGGACUACGUCAGUCUGUAUUGCUCUGGCCAGAGCGGCGAGGAGCUGGCCCGCCCUCGAGGAGAGUCACCUGCGGCGAAGGACGGACACUCCAGAGACACCACGUCGGCCGGCUGUGUGCCCGGGAAGGAGGGCAGGGACAGCGGGGACAGGGCCCUGAAGUCGCCAGACGCUUCAGAGGCUCAGUCCGAAGAGGAGGUGGACGAGCUGUCCCUCAUCGACCACAAUGAGAUCAUGGCGAGGCUGACCCUCAAGCAAGAGGGCGACGACGGGCCAGACGUCCGUGGAGGGUCAGGCGACAUCCUCCUCGUCCACGCCACAGAGACGGACAGGAAAGAUCUGGUGUUGUACUGCGAGGCCUUCCUGACCACCUACAGGACCUUCAUCACGCCCGAGGAGCUCAUCAAGAAGCUGCAGUACAGGUACGAGAAGUUCUCUCCUUUUGCCGACACGUUCAAGAAGCGUGUGAGCAAGAACACGUUUUUCGUGCUGGUGCGGGUGGUGGACGAGCUCUGCCUGGUGGAGCUGACAGAAGAGAUCCUGAAGCUGCUGAUGGAGCUGGUCUUCCGCCUGGUGCGCAGCGGGGAGCUCAGCCUGGCACGCGUGCUCCGCAAGAACAUUCUGGACAAGGUCGAUCAGAAGAAGCUGCUCCGGUGUGCCAACUCCGACCAGCCCCUGGCGGCCCGGGGCGUGGCAGCCAGGCCCGGGACCUUGCACGACUUCCACAGCCAUGAAAUAGCCGAGCAGCUGACUCUGCUAGAUGCCGAGCUCUUUUAUAAAAUAGAGAUUCCUGAGGUUUUGCUUUGGGCCAAAGAGCAGAACGAGGAGAAGAGCCCGAACCUGACCCAGUUCACGGAGCACUUCAACAACAUGUCCUACUGGGUCCGGUCGAUAAUCAUGUUGCAGGAAAAGGCCCAAGACAGGGAACGGCUGCUCUUGAAGUUCAUCAAGAUCAUGAAGCACUUACGGAAGCUGAACAACUUCAACUCCUACCUGGCCAUCCUCUCGGCGCUGGACUCGGCCCCCAUCCGCAGGCUGGAGUGGCAGAAGCAGACCUCAGAGGGCCUGGCCGAGUACUGCACGCUUAUCGACAGCUCGUCCUCCUUCCGUGCCUACCGGGCUGCCCUCUCGGAGGUGGAGCCACCCUGCAUCCCUUACCUGGGCCUCAUCCUGCAGGACCUCACCUUCGUCCACCUGGGGAACCCGGACCACGUCGACGGGAAGGUGAACUUCUCCAAGCGCUGGCAGCAGUUCAACAUCCUGGACAGCAUGCGCUGCUUCCAGCAAGUGCACUACGACAUCCGGAGAAACGAUGACAUCAUUAACUUCUUCAACGACUUCAGUGACCACCUGGCCGAGGAGGCCCUAUGGGAACUCUCUCUGAAAAUCAAACCCAGGAACAUAACCAGGAGGAAGACAGACAGAGAAGAGAAGACCUAGAGGCGGCUGCCACGGGCGAGGAGAACGCCCAAGAGAGGCGCAGGGCCGCUCCGAGGCUGAAGGGACUGUGGACCUGUGUGGUGGCGGCGGCCCAUGUCCCGGCCGAGGAGCCCCAGUCCGGGCGGGCCCCUGCGGUGCCGGGCGGGCGUCCGGAGCCCACGGCCGCGGCGGAGCCACAGGCGGCUCUCACGGCCGAGCUGUGACCCAGUGGUCUGGGUUUGGUUGGGGUUCUGCUUCCACGCCGUCUUCCACUCUGCCUGUGUCCCCUCCCCGAGCCCGGGAGCCGCAGAGCACGUGGUCAGCAGACUGAGGGACAGAGGGACAGGGUGCCAUCUGAGUCUGCUGUCGUGACAUGGGGCAGGGGCCCGCGGGCCGGGGCUGCCCACCCGGUGACCGUGGAUGACCGGGCCUGCAGGCGGGUGGGCAGGGAGACCGGGCAGACUCCUCUCACUUCCCACGCGCUGCUUUUUCAACGGAGGAUGGGGGCGCUGCUCACCUGGCCCGGAAAGGUACGACAGGGGGCCCCUCAGCAGCCCGGAGCUAGGGCUCCGCUCACGGUACCGGCCCACCCUGGCCGGGCCCAAGCAGCCACUGUGUCAGUCCUGUUUCGCCCCUUUGUCUCCCCCUGCCCUCACCCCAGGAGCUGGGCAGGCAGGCCGUGACCCCCCAAGGAUGACUCCAGCUAAGUGGGGCCAGCGCUCUUGGUGAGUCCCUUCAGAGAGCGGAGGGCGGGCCAGCGGCCCCACCUCUGUCGCUUGCCGUGUGCCUUAAACUCCAGCUCCUUCGGGCUCCCCUCCCGCCUUGUCCCCAGCCUGCUGGGGCCAGAUGGGCUGCUCUUCAGCCCUUUCUGCCGCGAGGCCGGCUCUCCCGUGGGAGGACAGGGUCCCAGCUGCGAAGCCCCGCCCGCGAGGCCCGGCGUCUUCAGGGGAAGGUGCUUUCACCCUGCGCUUCCCCCUAAGCCACUCUCGCUACUGAGGCUGACAAUCCGAGGCGAGGCCAGUGGGGGCUCACAGAGGCGCCCACCAGACUCCAUGCCAGCCAGGCCUAGGCGUGCGGGCACUGCCCCCCUCCUGGUUGGUUUCACAUCACUGAGUGCCCGCCGCUCCCGGGUUUGGGACUCAGGCCGGCAAACAGCAGGCUUGGUCCAGGCUUAGCCCAGUUUGAGCAGAACGAAAAGAGUGGAAGCAAUCUCUGUUAACUAUUUAAAGAAACAGCCCUGUCACUCCGAGUCCUUCGUGGGUUUCUGAACGGUUUUUAUUGAGCAGCCGUCUGUCCUGUAUGCAGAGGGGAGGAGUCUGAAAUGUCAGCCACGACCCCUCGGCAGCGAUCCUUGGGCGGAACGCGUCACUUUGUUAUUUAAGGAGUGUGUGUGAAGUCGCUGUUUACGAACAGUACUGUGUGGGGUUGGGUUUUAGUUUGUUCCCGCUUUUUCGAGUCCUCUCAUUUCAGCCUUCCUCCCACCUCCCUCCUGGCCUGGCCGGCUCUGCUGACGCUGCUGUGUGGGCCGGGGGCUGGCGAGGCCAGGUGACCCCCCUGUGUGAGGACAGCAGGUGCAGUGUGCGUUUUAACUUAUUGGGCUCAGGGUUCCCCACCUCCACCUCCUGGAGACCCAUCCCUGGCUCUGGGCGCUGCCAGCCUGGCUGUGUGGUUUGUCUGGCUUAGGGGCCAAGUCAGGUGUACGAGGCAGCCUGUGUGACGAAGACACGCUCGGGAGCAUUCGGUUCCCUGCGGGGCCCCUCCACACCUGUGGGUGGGUCAGGGUGAAGGCAGGCAUGCGCCAGGUCCGAAUUAGACACCCCGAUUCUGAGCAGCGCCUCCCCCACCACCUCCCAGUGUUAUUACAUUGUAAUAUAUCCCCGACUAGACUAACCGGCUGAUCGUGGCAUCUUCCUGCAGACAUUUCAAACCUGUAACUUUUAUAUGAAAGGAAAUAAACACGGAUGAAAGCCGCGGCCGCCCGUGUGUGCACCGCAUGCCGCGUGUGUCAAAGCGACCAUC